GCGCUGGUUUGGGGCGGGCUGAGGCGCGUGUUCGCUUCACUGGUUCCUGCUCGCCUUGGCUUGUCUUUGAUGAGAUGGUUAAGACACGAAAUAUUUCAUAGCGAACUCAGAAUUUGCCAUGACUUUAAAGGAGAUUGUCAGUGACAGGCCUUUACAGUAAAGAGCUUACGGGGUAAAGCAGCAGCUUCGAGGCUUUAUGAGUGCCAAAAUUCAAGAGACUUGGAGCUGACGCUGUGUUUGUGACUUGUGUGCAGCUGCUGUCACUGGAGACACGGAAGUACCUGGUGUGCAUUAGUGACAAAUGCGGUGGCCAGCAAAACUCCCAUGGUGGGUGGAGGCAUCGCUUUCACUAAAAAUCUCCAUCAGUAGAGAAACUUAAUGAGGCGGAUGGGUAGGAGGUGCAAAGGUCUGAACUGAAGGUACAAAGAUCUGAGUCAAAGGCUAGGAGAGAGGGAGACAGAAGAAGGUAAUGUAACUCCCACUGCAUCAGUAAAAGUGUCCAUCAUCUACAAACCUUAAAAUAAGGUGUUACUGCAGGUUGGAAGCCCUUAGUAACAGUCCAGGCUAAUGGUGUGGUCACUGAAGUAGUGAUGCUUUGACCUGAGCCAGUGCCACCGAGUUCUCCUCAGCCCAGGGAGUAAGUGCUGCUGUCCCUGAUGCUCACCACUGACUGUCUUACUCAAGGUUAACACGUGGCAGGUGACUCCAUUUUUGGUCAUGAUUCUUCUCUUGGGGUAAAUUCUUGGUCUAUCUGGAAGUGUCUAGAGGCGCAAGGAAGACCCCGUGAGUAGGUGUAUUCGCUGGAAGGGCUGUUUCUGUCUUGGUUCCAGGGGGGCUCUUUCUUCUCUUGUCUGGGGACAGUGGGGCUUCCUAGCUUGCAGCUGCUCAGCAGCUCUGCAGCCACACAGGGUUCUGGCACCAAAUGAACAAGUUUGUUGGAGCUUUGUAUACACUGCGUCCAGUUCUGUUGCCUGAUAAACCCACUCAGCUCGUCUGGAAUCCAUCCAAAAUAUGGAAGCAAACUGAAGGCGGAGAAAGAUCUACUUUGUGUGGAAUUUGCUUUAGAAAGAAAUUGGAGCUUCAGGUUUCCAUAAAGUUUGGGGUUUCCCUCCUCCAUUAAAUUUACCACAUUGCUGUUUGGUUUUCCAAGCAGUUCUGUGUCAUACUUUGAGCUGUCUGGCAUCUUAUUUAAUCACAGCUGAAGUUCCUGUAAUUAAAACCUAUGUCUAAUUCAGAUACAAAAUAGAAGUCAUUGGAAGUCUACAGAUUUUGUUUCCAUGUGUUUAGAGAGGCACAUUCUGCAGGAAAUGGGUUGUAUCUAGUGAGUCAGCUCCUCCACUGCUUGGGUGAAUGGCCUGUGCCUGACUGUGAGCUGGCAACUGUGGCUGCUCUGGAGUCAGGCAAAUCCUAUGUUAGUGUUUUCUCUGGUCUUUCUGAGAAUUGUUUUGAACCAUUCAAAAAGACUUGGUGUGAUAAUAUCUUGGGCUUGGUUUCUAGGAAUUUUUGCUUAGAGCUCUGGAGGAGGAGUCUUCCCUUUCCACUGGCUUCCCCAGCACGUUUACUGUUGUGGUGUGUUCUCCUCAGGUGGUUCUGUUGCUGUCUGCCAGUGAGAGCUGUGUUUUGGCACCUGAAUUCGCUAAGUGCAAGGUGUUUCUCAGGUCUUUCUCCUCUACAAAGAAGCUUUGUUGCCAAGAUUUACUCUGAAAAUGACCUACAGUACUGACUGCAGAUGUCUGCAAGUGUAGAAGCUGAUAAAUCAUAUCUUCUUCCCUCCCCUGACUUUCCUGUUUCCUCUGGAAUUUAUACUUCUAAAUUUGUUUAAAGUUAGAUGUCUGUUGAUGACAUUUGGAUUACAACUGUGAGCAUACCUAUGCAAAGAGACAAGCUACCCUGAGCACUUUUGAGUUCUGUUCAGUGGAGGGACUGCUGUGGGUCAGCCAUGCUAAAGGGCAAAUGAUGGAGCUCUGAACCGGGUGCUUCAGCAGAUCAGAGUGCCACCCAAAAUGAAGAGAGGGACCAGCCUGCACAGCAGGUGGGGCAAGGGAGAUGCCCCGAAAGGAAGCCCGCAGAUCAACAGAAGGUCUGCUCAGGACAUUCAGUCGGGUCGGCCCAGAUCAUCAUCCACUACAGAUGCUCCCACAAACUUGUCUGUGAUGGAGAUUGCUUCUUCUAUCUAUGUAGGUGGAGAAGAGGCCACAGCAGCAGCAAUUGAGCGAUUGGAAGUCAGCAGCUUGGCGCAGACCUCCAGUGCCGUGGCCUCCAGCACUGAUGGCAGCAUCAAUGCAGACUCUGUUGAUGGGACCCCGGAUCCGCAGCGGACAAAAGUGGCCAUCACACACCUGCAGCAGAAGAUACUGAAGCUGACAGAGCAGAUCAAAAUUGAACAAACAGCCCGUGAUGACAACGUGGCAGAGUACCUGAAAUUGGCCAACAAUGCAGACAAGCAGCAGAGUGCCCGCAUUAAGCAAGUGUUUGAGAAGAAAAAUCAAAAGUCAGCCCAGACCAUCUUGCAGCUGCAGAAGAAAUUGGAACAUUACCAUCGCAAGCUGCGAGAGAUUGAACAGAACGGGAUCCCUCGGCAGCCAAAGGAUGUCUUCAGGGAUAUGCAUCAGGGUUUGAAAGACGUUGGAGCAAAAGUCACUGGCUUCAGUGAGGGAGUGGUCGACAGUGUAAAAGGUGGACUUUCCAGUUUCUCCCAGGCCACACAUUCAGCAGCAGGAGCUGUGGUUUCCAAACCCCGGGAGAUUGCCUCCCUUAUAAGGAACAAGUUUGGGAGUGCAGACAAUAUUGCUAAUCUAAAAGACUCCUUAGAAGAAGGCCAGGAAGAUGGGACAGGUGGCAAGGCUCUAGGUAUUAUUCAGAACUUUCAGUCUAGCCCAAAAUAUGGCAGUGAAGAGGAUUGUUCCAGUGCCACAUCAGGCUCGGUGGGAGCCAACAGUACAACAGGGGGCCCUGUGGGAGCUUCCAGCUCCAAAACAAACACUCUGGAUAUGCAGAGCUCAGGGUUUGAUGCAAUACUGCAUGAGAUACAAGAAAUUCGAGAGACUCAGGCAAGACUGGAAGAAUCAUUUGAGGACCUUAAGGUUCGCUACCAGAGGGAUUACACAAUGAUAAUGCAGACCCUGCAGGAGGAGCGGUACAGAUGUGAAAGACUUGAAGAGCAGUUAAAUGACCUGACUGAGCUCCACCAGAAUGAGAUCCUCAAUUUAAAACAAGAGCUGGCCAGCAUGGAGGAAAAGAUUGCCUAUCAGUCUUACGAGCGAGCCCGGGACAUCCAGGAGGCACUGGAAGCAUGCCAGACGCGCAUCUCCAAGAUGGAGCUGCAGCAGCAGCAGCAGCAGGUGGUGCAGCUGGAGGGGCUGGAGAAUGCCACAGCCAGGAACCUACUGGGGAAGUUCAUCAACAUCUUGCUGGCUGUCAUGGCUGUCCUCCUCGUCUUUGUCUCCACUGUGGCCAACUGCGUUGUGCCCCUGAUGAAGACUCGCAAUAGGACGUUCAGCACUUUAUUAAUAGUGGUUUUCAUUGCCUUUUUGUGGAAGCACUGGGAUGCCAUCACCGGCUACUUGGAACGAUUCUUGUCUCCCCCCAGAUGAUGGUGGCAGGAAUGGGCUGUGCCGCUCCCUCCUGGCGCUCUUGGUGAGCAAGUGUGGCAAAGAUUAGUCAGCGACUACUCUGCUGAAGUUUUAAAGUGUCCGAGUGAAUUUGUUUACAUUUAGAAUAACGUUUUUUCUCUGCAAGAUGCAUUGCAAUAGUAUUUUUUAGAUUUUAUUCAAGAACUCUUUUGGCAAGAAUCCUGGAUAAUUUUUAUGUAGCAUGGUUCUCUUUGGAUGCAAAUCUUAAGAUUCUUUAAAGUGUACAAAAGAAUAAAAUACAGAAAUUUGGAGCAUACCAAUGGGCAGUUUAAAUUGUGGCUUGAACUACUGUACUAAACCUGUCAGGAAGAAGAGAACGUGGUUAGCUUAAGAUGAGCAAAGCUCAAUCUAGUGCACAGCCUUGAAUGAUGGUACCACAGCAAACCUGUAACACUAAACUUUUACUGUGAAGUCUGCUCACAUUCCAUGUCCGAGUGUAUGCGUUGAGUGGUUUCUUUCCUUAAAAAGAGAAAAACAACGUGUGGAUCCCUCUCCCAGCUCAGCAUCUGGGUUCGCCGUUUGUGUUAACCUGACUUCAGUAACUUUCUGUAAGGCUGGCUAACUUGGCUGAGUAUAUGGAGUGGAAGCCUCAUGCCAUAUACAGUAACUGCACAGUCGUGCUACAGUAUUUUGAAGUAGUCCUUGAAAUACAUAUACUCUUUAAGCAGAAGCCCUUGGUCGCACUUUUAAGGUUUUUUUUUAAUAUAUGUAUAUUCACAGAUUAAAAAAAAAUCCGAACCGCAUACUUGAAGAGUGUAAUACUCAAACUCUCAGUGCUUCCUUAUUGUUUCUAAUAGGAUUUUUUAUUAUAAUUAUUAUUAUUAUUGGGUUGGUUUGUUUUUUUUUUUUUGAAGGGGUUGGGAGGGUCAUUACUUUUUUCUUUCAAAUAAAGAAGUGAUGUUUUUAAAUGAAGAAAUGCGUGAAUAAUUGUGAGCCGUCUUGUCCUGAAGCAGUUCUGAGGGCAGAGAGUAGUUUCUAGUGUCAGCCUGUCAAAUGCAGCACUGUCCAUAUGCCAUUUGUCUGUCCUCCUGAGCUUAAAGAUGCAGCAUCAUGGAAAACAUCUGUUUUCUCCACACUUUUUUGUCAUGCAGGACUUUUUUUCCUUUUUCCACAUGUGAAGGAUGCAAUGUUUGUAUUUUUUGUUUGCAUGUCAUCUCUCAUUCCAGGCCUCAGGAUAAGAGCAAGGAAUUUCUGCUCAUCUCCUCCUAGGGAAAAGACAGGUUCUUUUGAGGAAAGAAAUACUGACUCAACAGUUCACUUAACAGAAUAGUUAUGUCAAAAAUAGUUCUAAUUAAAAAAAACAAACAAACCCUGAAAAGUGAAACCAAAGUUUUCCUCCUGUCAGGCUCUGGUAAGAUUAUUUGUGUCUGUAUCUGUGGUGUGCCAUCCUCUUUUUCAGCCACAGGGGCCAGCACUUGGUGCAGACACCUUUGCAAAUCUUGAAAGGCAAUGCCAGCUUCAAGUGUAAACCCAAGUCUUCACAAUGUGCCAUUACUGGUGACCUGUUGGUACAGGCAGACAGCCCUCAAGUCCAAGGAAUCUGUGUUCAUUCUGUGCUGAUUUUUCACUGCUGUCCCUUUUACCAUAACAGUGCCAAGAUUCAUCUUUUGUCUUCAUGAAAUCUAAAAAAACCUCCAGGAUUCUGUCAAAACCAUUUAUGGUGUUUAGUUAGGUCUUACUGUUUUCCUUCAUUUCAGGAUCAACUUCCCUGUAGGAAUCAGAUGUUGCCCAAGUGACCUAAUCCAGUUAAAAUCAUACAUGGGCAUGUAUGAGACAUGUACAACAAAUAUAUACACACAUAUAUAGGCAUUGUGCUAUGAUACAGAUUCUGAGUUCUGAGAAAUUCCCUCAAACAAGGGUAAUACUUUGAGUGUUUUCUGAUUGCCACCAAAGGCAAGCCCUCACUGUCCAACCAUCUUUCUUCCUCCAAGGGUUCUUUUUUUCUGUAGUCACAGGAAACUCAGGUGCCCUUCCCCCAGGGAUCCCAGUACACCUCUCUGUCACCAUGUGCACUAAUCUGCUCCUGUCCUAAUUAAAACAAAGAUUGACAUUUACAGCUGACUCAAGCCAAAACUGCUUGUGCUUUCUGCAGUGCCACAGCCAGAGCAGAGGUGCGUGGCGAUUCCCUCCCUUGCUCCUGGCUCCAGUGAGGCUCUUCUCUAGUGACUCACAUUUCUUGGCUAACUAUCAUCUGGCCAUUAUGCAGGUUUUGUCAGAAACAAAUGUGUGAAUAACAGUAAGAACUGAUUUGGCACAUAACUGAAAUACUUUGUUGCCUUUUUUUUCUGAAACCUGGCCUUUGUGCCUCUUUUUCUCAGUCUUGUUGACACUAGAAUUGCUUAAGGUAGGUUUUCAUGUGGUCAAAUCAGGAAGGAGUUAAAAGCCAGUGGCUCUGGACACUCAGUGUCUGUAGUAUUAAAGGAAGUGUUUGUCCCUCUUCUUUAUAUCCUAAUUUCAUUUAUUUUCUCAACUCUGUCAUCUUCAGUAAAUACCAUUUGCUAGCUUGCCAGAAGGUGCAGGCUUAAUAGAAACUGACAUCUCAGAACUCUUUAGUGAAGGCCAUAUACAUAUGGGUCUGGACAAAGUGUCUGUCUCUUUCUCUCUCAACAGUUUCUUCCAUUCCAGAAAGUAGUCUGCAGUAAAGUCAUGUAUGAUGCUGCAUCCACUUCUCAUAUCCUAACACAACUGCCAUGUGUUUUGCCUUUUGCACUAGCAGAACAUUUUGGGGUUUUCCUCCCUCUUCAAUUUGAAAGUCUGUGAUGAUUUCUAAUAGCUUAAUGAUGAUGUUGUUGGAAAUGUGAUUCUAGCUUUAAAGCUCCCUUUCCUUGUACAUGGUUGUGUUUGCUUUCCUGAUGGAGUGUUUCUGGAUGACGCGUAGAAGACAGUUUCUGCUGUGGAUGUGAGUGCGUGUGUGAGUACCUUUAAUAGCCUCCUUUGUAGAUAAAAACUUUUUAGUGACCAUCUCUGAGUUGCAGAAUGUUUCCCAAAACAUUUCAUAUUCGGAGUUGAAGUGAUUUAGAAAUUGCUUAGAUGUGUUCAGCACAUACAGCCUUGGCAAAUAAAAAGGGAAAAGUAUAAUGGACUGUAUAAGUUCCAAGAGCAGCACCUCCUCAUUAACAUUUGAGGGUUCAAGUGAAGUUCAUCUAUUUCCCCCAUUUCCUUCAAUAUAAAGAACAAAGAAAAUCUUGAUGCAAAAAAAAAAUACUUUUAAAACUUUUACAAAGUACUUUUUUCUCUCAUCCUCAUUAGUUUAUUUCAAGGGUAUUCAGCAUGCUCCCAGCAGUUGCUCUGUUGGUUUAUUCCAAUCCCAUGCGUGCUUAGGUGGGAUCAGAUGAACUGCUGACUUUCGUGCGUGUUACAGGGAAGCACUGUCUGUCAGCUUUGAAAAUAUGCAUUUUUUAAAUUAAAAAAAGAAAAGGCAUUAUAACAAAAGAAGCCAAGCUACAAAGAGUUCAAGAUUGAGUAGUUUUGCCAGUUUUUAAAUGAAUUCUGAAAGUGGCUAAAGAGUUACCCUGUGUGUCUGUGUUGUGUAUGCCAGGUGGUAUAGUCGUAGGCAAUUGACUUAGCUGUAAGUGUGUUUUAAAAGUGUAAAAAAAUAAGCAGAAAAACUCACUUGCACGGGUUGAAAAGUACAGAAAUGACACUUGUGAACGUAACACUGUAGUUUAUAGAUCUUAAGCUGCUAAUUGUUGAGAGAGAUUUACAUUUGUCUUGUCUGAUUGUCGCAGAUUUAUCUGUGGCAAUUUUACUGUAUAUAAAAAACUUUAAAUAAAGACCUCAGCUAUUAA